AUGGUAUCGCAACAGCAAUACCGGCAACAUCAAUUUAAGACGUACUUGGAGUUGAUUUUUAUCCUCCUGAUUGUAAAGCAAACUAAUGAAUUACUGCUUAAGAACCAUGAUCUUAGACCUACUGGCUCGAAAGCAUUGCUUGAAGCAAAUGCUAACUCUAGUAAGAGUAUAGGUCGAUUUAAGGACCGUGAACACGAGCAAGGGCAUAACCUAUGUAGGGGUGGCAGAAGACUUAACCGCCCUAGACAAUCCAACCUUGGCCCGAAUCAUGGCAAGGGCAAGAAGCCCGUGAAGAAGCAUAAUGAAAGUAUUUGCCAUCGUUGUGGCAUGGUUGGACACUGGUCGCAUACCUGUCGUACGCCAAAGCACGUUGCUGAUUUAUACCAAGCACCCUUGAAGGAUAAGGGCAAACGUGUUGAGACUCACGCCAUUGAGAAUUCUACUACUAUGACCAACGUCGAAGCUAACAAUGCCUCUAUUAAAAUGACUUCACUUGCUCAUGUAGAAGCAAGAACAUCCUUGGAAGUCUCUGAUUUCUUUGAGGACCCUGAUAGCCAAGAUAAGGUAUUAGAAUGA